AGCACGACAACGGCGACCAUCCGAUCUGGAAUUCCGUCUCUGUCGUGGCCGCCUGCUGCUCCAACAUCCCGACUGCCGAUCCGCCCCAGCCCAGGCCAUCUCCCCGACAGCCGUUCCAUCGCACCCGCCAACGCCAAGCAUGUAUUCCUAUCCCGGGGCACAGUCACACGCUACGGGUGUUUCCGAUGCCUAUGAUUUCUCCUCCAACUUUGGCCACACCGAAGCAUCCCAUCGGUCCGCUGCCCAUGGGCCCACAACCCGAACCCAAUCGCCGAUCGUGACGGGAACCUCCGUCCUCGGAAUCAAAUACAAGGACGGCGUGAUGCUGGCGGCCGAUACCUUGGCCUCCUAUGGCUCGCUCGCCAGAUUCCGGGAUGUCGAACGUGUGGUCAAGGUUGGAGACUUUACCGUCGUCGGAGCCUCGGGCGACAUUUCCGACUUUCAGCACAUCCAGCACGUUCUGCAGUCCGUGACCACCGAAGAGUACACCUACGACGACGGACACAAGCUCUCUCCCCGCAAUAUCUACGAGCUGCUGAGCCGCAUCAUGUACAACCGCCGAACAAAAAUCGACCCGCUGUGGAACUCGCUGGUGAUCGGUGGCAACCGUAACGGCGACAAGUUUUUGGGAUAUGUGGAUUUGAUGGGAACGACAUACGAAGCUUCGACCAUCGCUACCGGAUACGGGUCAUACAUUGCUCAGCCUCUGCUCCGCAAGGCCGUCGAAGGAAAGGAAGACACCCUCACGGAAGCCGAGGCGAUCAAGAUCCUAGAUGAUGCCAUGAGAGUCCUCUGGUACAGAGAUGCUCGAUCUUCCAACAAGAUCCAACGUGCCACUAUCACAGCCGCCGGCGUCACUGUCACGGAGCCGUACGCCCUUGCCACAGAAUGGGGCUUUGCCGAGCACAUUCGUGGCUACGGUGUCGUGUACGGUGCAUAGGCGGAUUUGAUGCAAUGCGACAACGAGAAUGACCGACUCGAGGUCAUCACGCCGCGGCCCAAAGAUCGAAGCCUACGCAGCCUGAACAGCGACAAUAAAUACGCUGCCAACUAGUCGUGGGCUGACGAGUACUAUGCUUAUCAAAAGCACGCUGCCCUUUGAGACAGAGAGCAGCGGCGGUGGCGAGUUGAGGACACAGACUAUCCGUGCACG